CUCGGGUUACACUCUGUUUGGCCCCGUGGCCUACAGUAAUGAGGCGUGGCCGUGACCCUCGUCCAAUCAGCUCUUCGCUUAGCAGUUUAUGGCCGUGGUCGUCUUCCUGUACUUAUCGCUACUUUCGCUUCCAGUCUAACGGGGAGUGGUUUGUGCUAGAGAACCUCAGACUAAUGGAGAAGUAUAGCCGGUGCCUGCUGGACUGACAGCCAUGGCCGUGGGAACGCGACAGUGGGAGCCUGCUCCGAUCCGACCACGCAUAGACUCUUCUUUCCACUCAUAGCAUGAAAAGGCGGAAGCAUCUUACAGAGACUGACUGUCAGGAACUGGCUCAGAGCAGAGAAAGUGUGCGCUCCCUCACUCAGCCUUUCAACCAAUGGAAGACCAAGCAAGACGUGCACAGAGGCCUGUAUCCUCGUAGCAGGGCUGCGAGAUGCUUUCAAGGCAAAGGAAGAAAACCAGCUUUUUCUUUUCAUAGUUCACAUGAUAACGUAAGUACAGAUAAAUCCACCAGCAGCAGCCAUAUCUCGGAGAUGGCAGAAGAGGCGUCUAGUCAUAUUGAUGAAGACUUUGGAGCCUCUGACAGUGAGGUUGAUUUAUCUCCAUUGGAGCCCACCAUCAGCAGGAAAAGACCCUUUUCUUCCAUAGAACAUAGAAGCCAGUGUUCCGAUUCAGGUUGUCCAGGAGGGGAUGCUUCCUCAUCUUUCUGCAAUUUCUUUGAGGAGGAUGAUGAUGACGAAAUGAGCCAUAUGCUCGAUUCACUUUCUGAGUCUUGUUACGGACUAUUUGGUGUGACUGACCAGAACAAUGCAUCAUGUGGACAUCUCAACCAAUUUCCCGAUGAACUGCUGCAGUGUAUAUUCGGCUUCCUUCCAGUUGUGGACCUCUAUCAGAAUGUCAGCUUGGUCUGUCGUAAAUGGAGGACCUUGGUCUAUGAUUCACUGUUUAUUAAGUGGAAGAAAUUGUACCAUCGGUAUCUUGCAAAAGACGACCAGGCUGUUAUAGAAAUUGAGGGUCUUCUAAAGAAAAAUAGAAUAACUGCAGACAACCUGCUCUGCAUACUACAUCUAGUAAAGUACUUUGCCACUUUAUCUACUCAUGUCAUUAACCCACAAGCCAUUUUGGAAUGUCUGAAGCAUCAUCAUUUAUAUGAAGUUGCUGAAAAAUGUGUUGUUCAGAGGCUUCCGGAGCUGGUAUGUGAAAAUGAGAAUGUGAACCCUUGGGCAGUGCUGGCAGUAAUCGUUCUCCUAUCAACCACAGUAGGUGACAUCCAGAGGCUGAUGAGAUGUUUACAACAUUUUCGAUCACCUCUAAGGCUUGUUGAAGUCAUAGAAGCCUUAUACUGUUUGGCAACACUCCUUUUCGCAAUGAGAGAGCAGAAGAUUCUCAUCAGUAAUAGGAUCCAUUACAACAUAUUCUAUAGUCUAUAUCUUCUGGAGAACAGCAGCUCAUAUCAGAAAAUGGCAUCCUAUGAAAAUGCAAGACGAAAGCCGAACUUCAGUCUUACAAAUGAACAGCAGCAGAUAAUAAACCAUGAUAUUCAAGAUGGGCAGGUUGUAAAAAUCAUGGCUUUUGCAGGUACUGGGAAAACUUCAACUCUGAUAAAGUAUGCAGAGAGCAGACCUCAUCUACGCUUUUUGUAUGCAACAUUCAACAGAUCCAUUGCAAAGCACGCUUCCCAUCUUUUCCCCAAGAAUGUUUUAUGCAAAACUUUCCACUCGCUGGCUUUUCAACAAACCGGGAAACUGUAUCAGCAAAGGAAUAAGUUGAACACCUCUAAGCUUACUUCAUAUACAGUUAACUUUGUCCUUCCUGAAGGGAAAGGAGGUUUUAUCAGAGCUAAACUUGUUGUUAAAACGCUGGAGAAUUUUUUUGCUUCUGCCGAUGAAGCCAUUGAAAGAGACCAUGUUCCUAUAUGGUGUAAGAAUAACCGCGGAGAAAGGGAAAUGGUGUCUCCAUUCGAUCAACAGUUAGCUGUAAGAGAAGCUUGCAAAAUUUGGAAAGGAAUGCAGAGUCUGGAAGAAACGCGUCAAUACGCUCACAAAAUGACACAUGAUGGCUAUCUGAAACUCUGGCAACUCCGCAGGCCAGACCUCUCUGCUUAUGAUGCUAUUUUUGUAGAUGAGGCACAAGACUGUACACCUUCAAUUAUGGAAGUUGUCCUUUCCCAGAGAUGUGGGAAAAUAUUUGUUGGAGAUCCUCACCAACAAAUCUAUACUUUCCGUGGUGCUGUAAAUGCUCUUUGUGAGGUGCCCCACACUCACAUCUUCUACCUUACACAGAGCUUUCGAUUUGGUGCUGAAAUAGCUUACAUUGGUGCUACCAUACUUGAUACUUGUAAGAAGAUACGGCGGAAAGCUUUAGUUGGAGGUAACCAAGAAGGUACUGUCCGCGAGCAUUUCCCAACUAAAGUUGCUAUCCUCUCUAGAACCAAUGCUUGUGUGUUUGACCAGGCUGUCAGUGUUACUGAUAAAGAAAAUCCCUCAUUAAUCCACAUUAUAGGGGGACCAGAAAGUUUUGGACUGAGUAAAAUCCUUGAUAUUUGGGUAUUGCUUCAACCAAAAUCUGAGAGACAAUUAACCAUCAAAGACCGAUUUAUUGCGAAAUGGCAAGACAAGGGGUUUUCUGCAUUAAAGGCAUAUGCAGUCAGCGCUGAAGACAAAGAGUUGGAAGCCAAAAUUUCUGUUGUUGAAAAAUACAAUCGCCGAAUACCGGAGUUGGUAAAGAAAAUAGAAAAAUGCCAUAUAUCUGACUCAUCAAAUGCAGAUUAUAUUUUAGGAACUGUACAUAAAGCUAAAGGAAUGGAGUUUGAUAUUGUGGAAGUUACAGAUGACUUUGUAAAAGUUUCUUGUGCCAGACACAACUUAGAAAGGCUUCAGAUCACAUUUGCUCCAUCAGUGGAAGACGAGUGGAAUUUGCUCUACGUAGCUGUAACCCGAGCCAAGAACCACCUCACUAUGACAAAGUCUUUAGAGAAUAUAUUGACCCUCGCAGGGGAAUAUUUCCUAAAAGCAGAGCUGACAAGUCAAAUGUUGAAAGACGGCCCAGUUCUGUGUGCAUUGUCGCACUGCAAGAAUUCCAUCCCUGAGCAGUCUGUCUUGACUAUGAGAAAGCUGCCAAUCAUUUAUAGUGACAAAAGCGAAGAUAAAGGAGGAUAUAUCUGCCAUGCCUGUACACAACAUCGAGUCGGCCCAAUAACACAACUGAUGAUCUCUCCGGAGGUUUUGAAAACUAAUAAACUUAAGCUAGAGAACAUUGUUCUUCCCAGGCACUAUGAAGGACUGCUGCAAGUUAUUUAAGUAAAUUACUGGUACUGGCAAUCAUAUUCUCAUCUAUUCAUCGGGCUUAAA